CCAAGGCCCAAGAUUGUAGGCCCACUAGUCUGUACCCUCCUCAGGGGGAUUGUUUUCUUGGUAUCUCCAGUUUGCUCCGGUUAGUCGCGGUGUUUGGUAAUCGGAGCUCCGCCAUGGGCGAAGCUUUAUUUCAUCUCGAACAAGUUCUCAGGUCCAAACAGAACAGCUUGACGAUCGAGGAAGCGAAUUUGCUCCAAACAUGUAGGUCUAAGGCUGUUCGAGAUUUUACCCUUGGAGGACUCAUUGGAGGUGGCGUGACAUGGGCAGGAACAUGGAGGCUGAAUAAAUUCAUUCGGUUAAAUCUUUCUGGAGGAGCUGCUGCGCUAUGUGGAUUAUGGAGAUUUAGCCUGUCCCUAACUUCAUGUGUCGAUCAUAUUCUUGCGCUGCAUGGAAGUAGGAUGCAAAAGGAAUUGGCAAAUAUUGUAGUUACGAGAUAUCACAAUGAUCCUCGUGCCAUGCAGCUCAUAUCCAAGCAUUUUUAUUAUGAGGAAGUGUUUGACGAUUCAACCUUGGACCGGCCAAAGAUAAGGUGGCGUUCUCGAAAUUUCUUUAGUGAUGAUGUUGCUCAUGCUCAGAGGACGCCUGAUAAUGACCCUAAGGACAACUUGCAUGGGAACUCCCACCAUGACUCAUCCAACCGUGAUUCAAGUGCCUACCAGAGUGAUUCCUAUGGUGAUCCUGAUGACAAAGGAAAUGCUCUUGAGUUGAAGCCAGUGCUUACUAAGCCUGGAACCGAUGCUACGACCACAGACCCUCUAGAUUGUAUUUUUGGUACAUUGGCCAGAGAAGAAGAAGAAGAAAUUCAACACUCAAGUGCCUCUAGUCCAUCUCCCAAAUCUCACUCUCGCAGCAGAAGAUACAAUCGUCGGCAUCGAAAAGGAUAGGAUAGCCAAAGAAGCCAUAACCAUCCAUACUGCAGAGACAAUGCUCAUAAGGUAGUUUUGUGGUGGUGGUUGAAAUGGGAGAGCCACAUUUCAGAGAACACGGUAAUGGUUGAAGGUUGGAAACUCCAAUCUCUUUUCUAGUUUCUCAAUUCUCUUAACAUCCUCAGGAAGAUUCGUAGGGAAAAAUCUUUCAUCUUUCAGACCGUGUGGCGUGUCGAAGGCCUUACACAAGAAAGACGACUAGGAAUACGCGUCAAGAAUAAAUGGUAAAUGCCUUUUGUCAGACAUUUAAUACUAUAAUAACUAACUUGAAGCUUCAUGCUUUGUCUUUUUUACAUUAAUAUGAAAUUCUUCCCCCUUUUUUAGUGGUUUUGUUUGAAAGAUAGAAACCCAUUACUUACGAGAUAAACAACAUAUAUUUCUCUGGUGGAAGUGGGGGUUUAGAUGAGAUGCUUUUUGCUAGUACCCAUCAUUUUUAAUCUUUACAUUGUGGGGUGAAAGAUAUUUGUUGGGUUCUUAGGCUAAGCAGUUGAAAGCAAUGGAGUUGAUUUAAAGUGAAAAAAAAAUUGUUGGUUUCUGAAUCUGAGCAGUUGAAAGCAAAAGGAGCGAUUUGAAAUUAAAAUUGAAGCUUUUAUCAAUUUGGAAUCUUUAAGCUUGAUUGUGGCCUACCGCACGCAUAGUGCCGCAAUAGAUAUGAGACAAAACUCAUGAACCCUACUCUUUUCUCUUUUCCUUUUUUAAUUCAAACCUAAAGCUUCAAUAGGUAUGUAGAUGUAAUAAUUGUAGAUAUAAGAAUUUAUUGUUUUUUUCUUUUUUUAAGGACAUUUUUUCUUUUUGUAAUAUAUUUUUGUUGAACA